GGGGGCCGUGGGGUGCUGGGGGUGCAGGCCGUGGGGGCUUCCGUUACUUUGCUUGGUGACCAUAGGAAAAUGAAGCAGUUGUUUGUGCUGCACUAAGGUAUGGGUUGAACAGCACUAACUGGGAGGGACUUCGGUCCGAUCACUGAAGGCUGCUGAGAAGUGUUUGCAAACGUUCCAGGUCAGUCGGAGAAGGGAGGGUGUCCGACCCAGCCGUUUUCUGCUCUCGGCUGGGAGUGUGUUCAAUUUAGUGAGAGAUGUAUUUUGUUUUUAUUUUACUUUAAUUCCAUUCUUCCACUGUUGCUGUGAAAUAAAUUCCUGCACAAACUAAUCUGCUUCCCAAAAAUAUGCCUUGUCUCGAGGUAGUUUUUUUAUCAGGGAUGUAGGGUUUGCAGAAUAAGACAUUUGUGCUGCUGGCCUUCUGGCUAAAAUGGAAGCUGUUCUUCCAGUGCGGCGAGGCGCAGCCAUGGGCAGCAGAUCCGUGCUGCAGGCAGCCUUCUUGGGCAGUGCGCACGGCUUUUCUGCCUGUUUGCCUUGAGUAAUUGUAAACCCACUAAAUGAAGGUCGUGAAGAAAAAAGCACCGAUUCAGACUAGCGAGCUCAUGCUGAAGGGUUCAGUUGGCAAUGUGGAAUGGAAGUCAUUCGUUUUUACAGACGAAGCAGGUGGUCUUUGCUGGCCGUGGUGUCCGGGGGUCUCCCAGCGGGUGCUGGGCGCGCGGUCCUCCUGCUUCCAGGCACACCUCGCUGCUUGGCUGGCGGUGAGAGCCUCGGGAGGUGGCUCUAACAGUAGUUUCCUAAUCAACCGGUCUUACUAUCAACAAUUAUGCUGAGCUUUUGAGGUAACUUCCACUGAAUACUGAAAUAAAUGUAGUACGGAGCUGUUACAGAAGGACCCUGUGGGAGCACUGAGCCUCAGCUUGGUUGAGCAGCAACUUGCACAUGCUGCGUGAGCAGCUCGCUUCAGCCCGGCUGAUGUGACUGCAUCGUGCAGAGCCGCAGGGGAGCAGAAAUGGGGGAGUUGUGUAUCUGAAACGUGGAUGUUCAGGAUAACAUGUCCAAUGUGUCGGAAGAAAGAAGCACUAGACAACAGGACAUUAAGAAAGGACUUCAGUUUAUAGAAUCUACCUUGCCCUACCCAGGGACACAAGAACAAUAUGAGCUAUUUAUACGAGAACUUGUUAGAAAUCUUUUUAAUGAAGGGAAUGAUGUGUAUCGAGAAGGUGAUUGGAGAGGAUCGCUGAAUCACUAUUCAGAAGCUAUAAACAUAGCAGAUUAUGCUAAUUCUGAAGAAAUCCAUGUGUCUGAUGAUAUUUUAGAGAAGCUACAUGUAAACAGGAUAGCAUGCUUUUCAAAUAUGGGACUGCAUGAAAAGGUUCUAGAAGACUGUGAGAUAGCAUUAAGGUUAAAUGAAAAUAAUUUUAGAGCACUCUAUCGGAAAGCAAAAGCAUUGAACGAGCUGGGAAGGUAUAAGACAGCUUAUGAUGCUGUAGCAAAAUGUUCUCUUGCUGUGCCACAGGAUGAAAGUGUGAUUAAGCUUACUCAAGAACUAGCUCAAAAAUUAGGAUUAAAAAUAAGGAAAGCAUAUGUAAGAGCAAAGCCACCCUCAAAUUCAGUUUCCAGUGAUAUAUCAACUCAGAAUUCUUCUUCUGUAGAAGAUAUUGAGUUAGAUUUAUCUGACCAGAAGCAAGAUACGGUUUCUUCUGCUUCUUCAUCAGCCUUUGUUUCUGAAUUGUCUAAAGUGGCAUCAGUGCCCAUAUCAUCUUUAUCUUCUGUUAUGUCUCUUCAAGCGGAAAAAGCUUCUUUGCCUUCUGCAGCAUUGGCAAAUGGAGGAAAUGUUUCUUUCUCUAUGCCAGAAGCAUGUUUAGAUUGUGGAGAUGGAGAUAUAAUUAUUGGUGAAGAACUUGAUGAAUUACUUGAUUCUGUGCCUGAUCCAGAUGAAAGCGUAAUGCAAACUACAGGUGCCAGGGGUCCUAUUCCUGCUGGAGGUGUGGGUCCCAGCGUACCCUUCUCUGCUUCUUUGCUGGGGACGUUGCCCGUUAGCACAGGAUUUGUUCCUCCACCCUCUCUUUCAGAAAUCUUUUCACAGCCUUUGGCUUCUUCACUGGAAAAUUUCUGUUCACCAUUAAGCACCUUUUCAAUCAGUGACCCAAAAAGAGACCUUUCAAGUUCAGCUUCUAGAGAUGGAACACCAACACUUAGCAGCAGUAACUCUCCAUUGUUUAUAAAUGGCCCUAGUAGUUUGUUUGGUUCUGAAAAUUACAUGGGAAUUUCAGGUCAAACUAGAAAUGACUUCUCAAAUGUUUUUAGCAGUGCAACUGCUAGUAUACCUGCAUCUUCAGCACUUGUGGGACGAAACCCACUGGAAGGCACACAUGAGCUAAGACAGGCCUGCCAGUUAUGUUUUGUCAAAAAAGGUCCUAAAUUACUGGAUUAUGCUUACCACCCUAACUUAGAACAUAAAUGUAAGAAGGAUAUUCUAAUUGGUAGAAUAAAAAAUUCUGAAGAUAAAUCAUGGAAAAAAAUACGUCCAAGACCAACAAAAACACAGUAUGUGGGACCAUAUUAUAUAUGUAAAGAUGUUGCUGCUGAAGAGGAAUGCCGCUAUCCGGGGCACUGCACGUUUGCGUAUUGCCAAGAGGAGAUAGACGUGUGGACACUGGAGCGCAAAGGAGCUUUCAGUCGAGAAGCUCUUUUUGGAGGAAAUGGAAAGAUCAACUUUACUGUGUCACGACUUCUUCAAGAACAUCAUGGGUUCUUUAUGUUUCUUUGUGAGAAAUGUUUUGAUCAUAAACCCAGAAUAAUAAGCAAAAGAAACAAGGAUAAUUCAUCUUCUUGUUCUCACCCUGCUAUGCAUGACUUCGAAGAUAACAAGUGCCUUGUCCACAUUUUGCGAGAAACUAUGGUGAAGUAUUCCAAAAUCCGCCCUUUUCAAGUUCGGUGUCAACUUGACCUGUGCAGACAUGAGGUACAUUAUGGCUGCUUAAGAGAGGAUAAAUGCUUUUAUGCUCACAGUCUGGUAGAGCUUAAAGUCUGGAUAAUGCAAAAAGAAACAGGUAUUUCACAUGAUGCUAUUGUUCAAGAAUCAAAGAAAUAUUGGCAGAACAUGGAAGCUAGUGCACAUGGGUCACAGAUCCUUGGGAACCAAAUGAAAUACGGAUCACUUAAUUUGAAGAUGAAGUUUGUUUGUGGCCAGUGCUGGAGGAAUGGUCAAGUUAAUGAGCCAGACAGAAACAAAAAAUACUGCAGUGCAAAGGCAAGACACCCGUGGACCAAAGAUCGCCGUGUGGUGCUUGUAAUGUCUAACGAACGUAAGAAGUGGAUGACCAUUCGUCCCCUUCCUGCAAAGAAACAAGUGCCUCUGCAAUUUGAUCUGUGCAAUCAUAUUGCUUCAGGCAAGAAAUGUCAGUAUGAUGGAAACUGCUCAUUUGCUCACAGUCCUGAGGAGAGAGAGAUGUGGACAUAUAUGAAGGAGAACAGCAUUCAAGACUUGGAGCAGUUGUAUGACAUAUGGCUAAAAAGUCAAAAACCAGAAAAAGGAGAUGAUACAGCUGCUCAGGCAAAUAAAGAAAAUGGAAAGCAAAUUCACAUGCCGACUGACUAUGCUGAAGUAACAGUGGAUUUCCACUGCUGGAUGUGUGGGAAGAACUGUAAUAGUGAGAAACAGUGGCAGGGUCACAUUUCUUCUGAAAAGCAUAAAGAGAAGGUUUUCCACACAGAAGAUGAUCAGAACUGCUGGCAGUAUCGCUUUCCAACCGGAUGUUUUAGCAUUUGUGAUAGAUAUAUGGCUGGUACUUGCACUGAGGGAAACAACUGUAAAUUUGCCCAUGGAAAUGCUGAACUCCAUGAGUGGGAAGAACGAAGACAAGUUUUAAGAAUGAAGCUCAGCAAAGCAAGAAAAGACCACUUGAUUGCUCCCAGUGAUAAUGACUUUGGGAAAUAUAGUUUUUUGUUUAAAGGUUUAGACUAAUACUGAGAUGACAUAUACAUGUUACCAGCUGGAAGCAUAAACCAGAAAAAUUGACAAUAAUCAAAAGCAUGUGACAGAAAAGCUGCAGGUUUUCUGCUUUUAUUGGCAUAUAUUGUUCCUCCUGAACAGCAAAAUAUAGUAGAUUUAGGGGAAUUGAGUGGACCUGUCUGUGCUGUCAUGAAACAGAGCGGUGAAUAAAAAAAUCUGAAGUAUUAUGUGCUUUCUCAGCUCCUGUUGGACAGAAAGUUAGGGAAUAGAAGGGGGAGAGAGGUUGUAAUGUCUAGGAAGCCCCCUAGUGUCAGUCCUUCAGCUGAAAAACUUUACGGUAUCAAGGUAUUACGAAGCAGAGUGUUACGGGCUAAGAAAUGAUGGAUGAAUAUUCUUCAGAUCUUUUAAUGGAGACGAUUUGUUUAAAACAAAGUUUGCUACUUAUCUAUAUGUAGGUUGCUAAAAAGGAUUUUCUUAUUAAAGAUUUUAAACAAAAUAACCAUUUAACUACAAUAUAUGUUGAAUGGGUAUUUUUUCUCUAUUUGUAUGUUUCAAUAUAAUUUACUGAAAAAGGAUCUUGGGAGGAAAAACGUAUUAAUUUUUGAAAAUGAAGUAGUUAAAAUUGUUUCUUGGUCUUUGCUGUUUAAAUGAUGAUUUUGAAAGAUUACACUUGUAUGUCAGUAUUGUGUAUUAUUGUAUGGACUAAUGUUGCCUGUAAUAAAGAGAACUUUACACGAA